GGUGACGCAGACACGCUGCACCGACUGUGAUGGCGGAUUGAUAUAACUUCAUACCCAACCGGGACAUAGAAAGUCAUUCUACAUGACGGUCGCAAGAGCCGCUGCACCGUAGCCGGUUGUGGGCCACCUGUUAAAGGACGGGAGCUUUCCUCGUGUUGCGUGCAGAGCGCCUCGCGUACCGCGCAGUAGCAUGUAGGAAGGAGUCGCCAUACGUCUCAUACUACCCGCUGGCUGCCUCAAAAAAGGCGAAAAUAGAUUGCACAAAGUGCAAGCACACGCAUGUGGCUCAGCAAGUUGGCUGGCUGGGGUAAAUAACAAAGCGUGAGCCAACCUGAAGAACUGAAGACUGUCCCGUCAGGAUUUUAAGCGCUUGAGGAAAUAGGAAAUCCGACAGGAUGAAAUUUGGAGAGCAUAUUUCGGCUCAUAUCACGCCGGAAUGGAGGAAACAGUACAUCCAAUACGAGGCAUUCAAAGAGAUGCUGUAUUCUGCCCAGGACCAGGCACCUUCCAUAGAAGUCACAGAUGAAGACACCGUCAAGAGGUACUAUGCCAAGUUCGAGGAGAAGUUUUUUCAGCACUGCGAGAAGGAGCUGGCCAAAAUCAACACAUUCUAUUCAGAGAAGUUGGCCGAGGCCCAGCGCCGCUUCGCCACUCUGCAGAAUGAGCUGCAGUCGUCCCUGGACGCCCAGCGUGAGAGCAACGCGCCCACCAGCGUGCGUAACCGCCGCGGCAAGGUGGUGUUCAAUCUGUCGCACGAGGAGCGCAACCAGCACCGCAACCUGCGCGACCUCAAGCUGGCCUUCAGCGAGUUCUACCUGAGUCUCAUCCUCCUGCAGAACUACCAGAACCUGAACUUCACUGGUUUCCGUAAGAUCCUGAAGAAGCAUGAUAAGAUCCUGGAGACGACUCGCGGGGCUGACUGGCGCGUGGCUCACGUGGAGGUGGCGCCGUUCUACACCUGCAAGAAGAUCACACAGCUCAUCACGGAGACAGAGGCCCUGGUGACUACAGAGCUGGAGGGGGGAGAUCGCCAGAAGGCCAUGAAGAGGCUGAGGGUCCCUCCUCUGGGGGCCGCACAGCCUGCUCUGGCCUGGACCACCUUCAGAGUGGGGCUCUACUGUGGAGUGUUCAUCGCACUGGCUGCCACCUUCGUCCUCACUGGCGUGGUGGUGUUUAAAGACACGGAGCGUAACAUCUGGCCGCUGGUGCGUAUGUACCGCGGCGGUUUCCUGUUGAUAGAGUUCCUCUUCCUGCUGGGUAUCAACACCUAUGGCUGGCGGCAGGCGGGCGUCAACCACGUCCUCAUCUUCGAGCUCAACCCCCGAAACAACCUCUCCCAUGAGCAUCUCUUCGAGAUCGCAGGCUUCCUGGGCGUCUUGUGGUGUGUGAGUAUCCUCUCCUGCCUGUUCCAGAGUGCCACCCUGCUGCCCAUGCAGGCCAACCCCCUCAUCCUGUACGGCUCCAUGCUCCUCUUCCUCAUCAACCCCUUCAGGGUGGGAUACUACAAGUCACGCGUGUGGCUACUCAAACUACUGUUCCGCGUGUUCACUGCUCCGUUCCACCGCGUGGAGUUUGCGGACUUCUGGCUGGCGGACCAGCUGAACUCUCUGGUGAUGUGUCUUAUGGAUCUGGAAUACCUGGUCUGCUUCUACAGCAUGGAGCUGUCAUGGACCAGCCCACAGGGGCUACUACUGCCAAAGGGAACAGGAGAUUACGUGUGCCAUAAGUACUCGUACGGCCUGCGUGCCAUCAUCCAGUGUCUGCCCGCCUGGUUCCGCUUCGUGCAGUGCCUCCGCCGUUACCGUGACACCAAGCGAGCCUUCCCUCACCUGGUCAACGCUGGCAAAUACUCCACCACCUUCUUCGUCGUCACCUUCGCAGCCCUCUACAAAACACACAGGGAGCUGGGCCAUGAUGAUGCGGACGUCUUCUUCUACCUGCUGAUCAUCUUCUCCACAGUCAGCUCCUGCUACACGCUCAUCUGGGACCUGAAGAUGGACUGGGGCCUGUUCGACCGCCUCGCAGGGGAGAACACCUUCCUCAGAGAGGAGAUCGUCUACCCAUCGAAGGCCUACUACUACUGUGCCAUUAUAGAGGACGUCAUCCUGCGCUUCGCCUGGACCCUGCAGCUGUCCCUCACCUCCACGGUGCACUACCACUCCAUUGGGGAUGUGGUGGCCACCGUACUGGCCCCCCUGGAGGUCUUCAGGCGUUUCGUGUGGAACUUCUUCCGCCUGGAGAACGAGCACCUGAAUAACUGUGGUGAGUUCCGUGCGGUGCGGGACAUCUCGGUGGCGCCCCUCAACGCGGACGACCAGACGCUGCUGGAGCAGAUGAUGGACCAGGAGGACGGAGUCAAGAACCGCCAGGGCCACAAGAAGUGGAAACGCAGCUACAGCCUGUCGCUACGACGACCGCUACUCUCCUCACAGUCCAAGAAGGACACUAAGGUUCUGAUCGAGGACACGGACGAUGAAGCCUUCAGCUGAGCAGCCACUGUUGCCACCGCCAACGUCGCCAUGUUCCUGCCAGGACACCCAUCCGUCCUCCCCUCUCCUCUCUCCUCUACGUUCCUGCCAGGACACCCAUGCGUCCCCUCGCCUCUCUCCUCUCUCCUCUCUCUUCUCGCUUCUCUCCUCUCUUUCUCGUCUCCUCUACGGUCCUGCCAGGACACCCAUUCCCUCCUCUCCUCUCUCCUC